AAUCAAACAAAAACUGACAAAGAGGUGUCUAGAAACUAUAGGUUGUACGGUGACUAGAAGAUCAAAUUAAAAAUGAACCCCGAUGUUUUGUAUGUAUAGUAUAAACUAACGGGGUGCAUGGUAGUUUGAAAAUCUAUCAGUAAGGUACGACAUUUAAAUCAUGCAGGUCACCAGAUCUGAAAGUGCAAUCAAACGGAUGAUGUUUCACUGUGCUGGAUAUAUCGAUUACAAGUUGAUUCGAUUGUGUACGCUUCUUCUGUGCCGUUCAAGUUAACUUCAGUUCAUUGAGUCACGUCAGUUGGUAUCGUGUAUACGGACGGAUACAAUGUCGUUAAAAGAUAAAUCUGCUGUAAUUAUUGGUGGUUUGGGAGGAAUCGGUUUUGAGAUUGGUAAACAUCUUCUUCGGAAUGGAAUAUCGAAGCUGUUCGUACUCGACAUCGUUUCGAACUUCGAUAAUGACAAACGACCUGAGCUGCAAAGCUGUAAUGUGGAUGGUGUGAUUUUUUAUAAGCAGUGUGACAUUACCAAAAAAGAUCAAAUGGAUAAACUUCUUCGUUCGACUAUCGUGCAGAAACUUCAUUUCAUUGACAUUUUUGUCAAUGCAGCUGGAAUAAUUAACGAGCAAAAUCCCGAGCAAGUUGUGGCAGUCAAUUUGACAGGAGUUAUCAACAGUUCUCUAAUAGCUCUAGAUAUAAUGUCUCUGGAAAAUGCGGGCCUUGGUGGAUACAUUGUAAACCUUGCCUCAACUGCAGGACUGGAACCAUUCCCGUACUGUUCUGUAUACACUUCUACCAAACAUGCGAUAGUUGGUUUCACAAGAAGUUUAGGGAUCGACACCGUACUCGUGAAAACUGGAGUGAAAUUCAUUACGAUUUGCCCCGGAGCCACGGAAACUGCACUAUUUAGGCAAAGCAAUAUGGGAAGCAUUUUCCUACUACCGUGGAUGGAAGAACCUGGAAAAAAGAUGAUGAGACAAAUUCCGGUGCAGAGUCCAAGCACUGUUGGGGAGUGUGUCAUCCGAGCUCUUGUCGAAGGUGAAACAGGAUCCGUAUGGAUAUGUGCGGCCGGAAAAAUUCAAUGUGCAACGCUGCCACUCAGUUGGAACGAAUGGAACAGUUCUAAUGAGCGCUAAUCAACUGGAGGAGAAUUGGAAUUGAUCUACAGUAUGGAAACAAAGUUUAUCCCUUUCGUAACUGAUCUCCAACGCCAGACGAUGCCAUCGAGCCCCAAAACAUCACCCUAGCUGUACGGAAUAAAAAAAAUAACUAUACAAAACAAUAUAACGUAUUGUAACAGUACCAUUCAAGAGAUUUAAAAUACAAUACACAGUAUUGUAAAAUUAACAAUAGAAAUACAGUAUAAUAUAGUGGUUUGGAUAAUUCA